AAAGCCACCAACUACCCACUCGUUCGUGAAUAACGAUGAUGAUGAUGCUAUUCGCAUUCGCAUUCGCAUUCGCAUUCGCAUUCGCAGAUCUACGAACCUAACCUGUUAACAACAACAACUCAGUUAGUUUCACAUACAUUCUCUGCAAUUUUGAGAUUGAAAUUGCUCAGUUUGUUUUUUCUGAAUUCUUGUAAACAUGUUUUUAGUGAGACCCAUUUUCAGAACACACCCAAAACCCUCUUCCCUUUGGGUUCUGCAUUACAGUUCUUCCUCACCAGCUGCAAUUCAAGCUGAAAGGACCAUCAAACAAGGCCCCCGAAACGAUUGGACCCGCGACGAAGUCAAAUCCAUCUACGAUUCUCCCGUUCUCGAUCUUCUCUUCCAUGGGGCUCAAGUUCACAGACAUGCUCAUAACUUCAGGGAAGUGCAGCAGUGUACUCUUCUCUCUGUCAAGACUGGUGGCUGCAGUGAGGAUUGUUCCUACUGUCCUCAAUCCUCCAGAUAUGAUACAGGACUCAAAGCCCAACGCCUUCUCGACAAGGAGGCUGUUAUCCAGGCUGCAAACAAGGCAAAAGAGGCUGGGAGCACUCGCUUUUGUAUGGGCGCUGCAUGGAGGGAUACAAUAGGAAGGAAGACGAACUUCAACCAGAUCCUUGAAUAUGUAAAAGAAAUUAGGGGUAUGGGGAUGGAGGUGUGUUGCACCCUGGGCAUGAUUGAGAAACAACAGGCUGUUGACCUCAAGAAGGCUGGUCUCACUGCCUAUAAUCACAAUCUUGACACUUCAAGGGAAUACUAUCCGAAUGUUAUCACCACAAGAACUUAUGAUGAGCGCCUACAAACCUUGGAGUUUGUUCGUGAUGCAGGGAUUAAUGUUUGUUCUGGCGGAAUUAUUGGUCUUGGUGAAGCGGAGGAAGACCGUGUAGGUUUGUUACAUACAUUGUCAACCCUUCCCACCCAUCCAGAGAGUGUUCCUAUUAAUGCACUUAUUGCUGUAAAGGGUACCCCUCUUCAGGAUCAGAAGCCUGUUGAAAUAUGGGAGAUGAUUCGGAUGAUCGCCACAGCACGUAUCGUGAUGCCAAAAGCAAUGGUCAGGUUAUCAGCCGGCAGAGUCCGGUUCUCCAUGCCGGAGCAGGCGUUGUGCUUUCUUGCUGGUGCAAAUUCUAUCUUCACCGGUGAAAAGCUUCUCACUACUGCUAACAAUGACUUCGAUGCUGAUCAACUCAUGUUCAAAGUUCUUGGGCUGCUGCCAAAAGCUCCAAGCUUUCAGGAUGAUGAAACUAAUGAGGCAGAGGAUAUUAAAGAAGCUGCUUCUUCCAGUUGAGUUGGUCAACAAUUUCAUCUAGUAUCUCUGAUCCUUCAGCUUCUUUGACUGCUAAACAUGCACUGGAUCCUCUUGUAAUCUUUUCUGCCCUCUCUUGAUAACUUUAAGAUGCACCUGAUGUUAGGUCACUGAAUUCUCAGCUUUGACAAUAAAUAUGGCUACCAUUAUGUUGAAAAUAUUUAUUUUUCCCUGUAUUGGUUUCAA